ACUUGCGAUUCAAAAAACCCCCCAUCGCCUCAGGAGAAGAAGCUCGGAUGAAGCUUCUUCUCCUGUUCUUCUCUCCACUUCUCCUUCUGCUUCCUCUGUCAAAUUCUGCAACAAAAUAAUGCGGGCCUGUCAGUUAAUAUUUCUCCCCCCUUCACCUUGAGAUCUUCACUGAGCUAUAGCUAGGAACUUACCUCUAUGUCUCUCUCUCCCCCCUUCACUUUGGCUACUAUAAAUUCUUCUCUCUCCCCUCACUCCCUCUCGCCACCAUUUUUCUCAGCUUUAGCUUCAGCUUCAUUUCUCAUUGGUCUCUGUCUCCCUCUCUGUUCAUGUACGUCUGACAAUGCAGUGUUAAAGCAGUUCAGAUGGUGAAUUUAUGGGAAAAUUUUCCUCUGUAAUUUCCUUUUCCACGAGCAUUCAGCAUUUUGCCAUAAAUGCUUCUUCUGUUUGACAAGAACCUUUCAGAAAGAGCGCUCAAUCUCUGUCUCUCCAGCAAUUCCUGCCUUUUCUCAUAAACUCCACUCGAAGUCAUACGAAAGAACAUAGUUACUUCUCUUUAAGAAAGUCCCAUAUCUUCUCUCUCUCUCUCCCCCCACUUGAAAAAGUUUCUUGAAAAAGCUUUGAACUUUCUGCUAAAGAAGCUCCCAAUCCCGCCAUGGAAAUAACCACCGUUAAUUUCCACCACCGGAAGUCCUUCAAGAUCGACCCGCGCCCUCUGAUGCUCAAGGACUACUUGCGGGAUGACAUGAGCUCCUGCUCAUCCAACGGAUUCAAAUCCUUCCCCCGCCGACAGUGCUGCACCACCGUCCGAUUCCUCCUCGAGAUCGACCUCAAAGCGGCACCACCCUCGACCCCCUCGAAACGACGUCCGCGGAGAAGCAGUUCGCGCUCUCCGGCGACGGCCUCUGUUCUGCAGGGAGCCUCCGUCAAGGUCCUCAACGCCGUGAAACUCCUCCAGUUUCAUUCCACCAAGUCUCCGUCGGGCAACGUGGCGAAGAAGAGCAAAGUUCGCAGCCGCAAGGGGCUCUUGCCACGGAGCCUCUCGCGGAAGCUGUGGAAGUGGAGCUUCUGGAAGAAAACGCCGAGACGAGAGGGGGGCGGCGAGGAGAUUGGACGGCGGAGGUCCAUCGAGAAGCGGCCGCCGCCGUCCUCCGAUCGGAAUGCCAACUCGGCAAUCGCACCUCACAGGUUAUCCACAAGCUCCAGCAGUAGUAACAACCGCCAGCACAGUAGCAGCUGGGACAGCAGCGAGUUCACGGCCGAGUUGGUCCGCUGUCCGAGCGGCGACUCGGAAAUCUCCGCACGCCGAAACGAGGUCGUAUUGGAGGAUAAGGGCUUAGAGCGGAGGGGACCACACGAUGAGAAGGUCAGCGAUAAAGUAGGCGCAACACACGGCCAGGAUUCCAUCACAGCAACCCCCACCUGCUCUAAGCAAGAAUGGCCUAAUGAGGAGAAGGAGCAGUUCAGUCCAGUGUCUGUGUUGGACUGUCCAUUCAAGGAUGAUGAAGACAUUGCUUCACCCUUUGGUUGGAGCCCCUCGCGCAUUGGAGGUGCUAAGCAGAGGCCCAAGCACAAGGCGCGCCGGUGCGAGAGGCUUUCUCGACUGAAGCCGGUACAGCUGGAGAAGAGGAUCGCCUUAUCGGAGCUUGAAGGCGAAUCUCUGGUGCAGCACUCGAGCUUGACCCCUAGCCCGAGCGUUCUUACCGAGGAUCAAGACGGCGAAACCGAAAUCGAAGAAAAGAUUCGAGAAUUGCUUGAUGCCACCAUGGGAGUUAACCCGUCUUUCGUCUCGAAGGUGGACAUUCUCCUGUUGGACUUCUUUCGAGAGAGGCUGGAGGAGGAGGAGGGCACGAACAAGAUCGCGAUCGGAGGAUCAUCGGAUGAACUAGAGACCGAACUGCUGAAGGUAGCUGAUGGUUGGAUCAAGGGACAACCCCAGGAAGUGUUUCUAGGAUGGGAGGUUGAAGAUGGGAGGGAUGCUUACAUUAAGGACAUGGAGAGGAGAGAGAGAUGGAGAGAUGUGGGUGAAGAAAAGAUGGGAGUUGCUUUGGACUUGGAGGUUGAGGUUUGGAGUUAUGUGAUGGAUGAAGUCUUGCUUGAUAUUAUCUUUAGCUGAAAAAAUGUGGAAAUUAGAGAGGAAUAAAUUAGGUUGAUUUCCCCCCUCCUUUUUUUUUGUUCUUCUUGG